UACCAAGAUUCUGUUUACCCAAAAACCAAAAAGACAACCUUUUUGUUAUUGUUUUCUUUCCUCUCAUAGUCUUUUUGUACCAAUCAAAUUACAUAAAAAGCUUUGUUCACUUCUUCCCUGUAAUUAUCACUGAAUCCCAUUCUCAAUCUCAUCCUCCGUUUCUAGGGUUUAUCGUCUUCUCGAUCUACUGCAUUUUCCACAUGUAUGUUUUUUUUCUUCUUCUAGAGAAUGUUGAAUUGUGAAGUAAGAUGAGUAAACGUGAAUUGUCAAGGAUGAAGCCAUCACCAGUUCCAUUGGCCACUUUGAUUGGUCGUGAGAUUCGAAAUGAGAAAGUUGAAAAACCUUUUGUCAAGUUUGGACAAGCUGGAUUGGCCAAGAAAGGAGAAGAUUACUUUUUAAUCAAAACAGAUUGCCACAGGGUUCCCGGGGAUCCAUCAACGGCGUUUUCCGUCUUUGCGAUUUUUGACGGGCACAACGGUAUAUCAGCUGCUAUUUAUACAAAAGAAAACUUGCUUAAUAAUGUUUUGAGUGCGAUACCGCAAGAUAUCAGCAGGGAUGCAUGGCUACAGGCCCUUCCUCGCGCUCUAGUUGUUGGUUUUGUGAAGACUGACACAGAGUUUCAGAAGAAGGGGGAAACUUCUGGAACAACAGCUACAUUUGUUAUAGUUGAUGGAUGGACCGUCACUGUUGCAUCUGUUGGGGAUUCCCGUUGCAUAUUAGAUACUCAGGGAGGUGUAGUUUCUCUCCUGACAGUUGAUCAUAGACUGGAAGAGAAUGUAGAAGAGAGGGAGCGUGUUACUGCGAGUGGUGGUGAAGUAGGACGACUCAAUAUAUUUGGGGGCAAUGAGGUAGGUCCUCUUCGCUGCUGGCCCGGUGGAUUGUGCCUAUCUAGAUCAAUUGGAGACACAGAUGUGGGGGAAUAUAUCGUACCAAUACCACAUGUUAAGCAAGUGAAACUUUCAAGUGCUGGUGGAAGGCUUAUUAUAGCCUCUGAUGGUAUUUGGGACACUUUAUCUAAUGAUAUAGCCGCCAUGUCAUGUCGGGGUCUACCUGCAGAGCUUGCUGCAAAGCUGGUGGUUAAGGAAGCUCUAAGAUCUAGAGGCCUGAAGGAUGAUACAACCUGCCUUGUCGUAGAUAUUAUUCCUUCUGACCACCCUGUAUUACUACCUACUCCAAAAAAGAAGCAUAAUAUGCUAACCACGCUUUUCUUUGGAAAGAAAUCUGAGAACUCCACAAACAAAGCUACUAGCAAGCUUUCUGCAGUUGGUGUUGUGGAAGAACUAUUUGAAGAGGGUUCUGCAAUGCUUAUAGAAAGGCUUGGUAAGGAUUUUCCAUUUGAUAAGAAUUCUGAGAUUUUCCGCUGUGCUAUUUGCCAAGUGGAUCAACCCCCUGGUAAUGGUCUAUCAGUGAACUCUGGACCUUUCUUUUCUCCAGCAUCUAAACCAUGGGAAGGCCCAUUUCUCUGCACAAACUGCCGGAACAAAAAAGAUGCCAUGGAAGGAAAGAGGCCAAGCAGACCUACCGUUACAGCAUAGUAAUUAUCUAAUAUUAUGGUUUCAUAGUAAAUAUUUGUAUAAUUUUAUCCGACAGUGAGCAUGCUUGAUUUUGCAUUUUCGUUGGUGAUUGUCUUAGAUGUGCAAGAAAUGAGGUUAAGUAAGAUAGGUCUAGUAAGUGUUUUGGAAGUUGUUACAAAUUUGAUUCUGGCUUGUGCUCAGCUGUUGGACUGACUGAUAGGACAAACAUGGUGUCUAGUAGAUAGGUGGUUUGUGCCAAGCUAACAGUUUGUAUUUGUAAGUAAACUGAAGCUAUGGUUACAUCUCCCAUUUGAGACCUUCAAUGGUACAGUCCCUUUUGAGACUAGAGGAAUUCUCUAAUGUUUCCGAAGAUCAGGAUUCUGUGAUCUCUGUUGACCCCCCACCCCCAACACAAAAUUGUCCAUGAAUGCGAAAAUUGUUGAUCAAGAUAGUUCUUUUGUUACUCAUUGUCGUCAAGAAGGUUAGUGAACACAUAGAUGCCGCCUGCCAGAGCAGUGACACCAAAAUGAUAAAAAAAUAGAGGGCUCCCAGAUUUUCCUUUGUGCCAUUCUUCUUCAACCUUUGUUCCGGAUGUUUACGAUCGCAAAGUGUAGAGCAUCUCUUAUAUGAACUAUUGGAUGCGGUUGUGUAACAAAAUUUUAUAUCAACUAUAUCUAUUACACUUUAAAAGUGUAAAAAUUUAUAACCAAAAUACAAUUCUAUUGAUUAGUAUUAAAAAAGUCUUGCCUAUAA